AUGAGCGCAGUGUUGCUCCGGAGUCGACCGGAGACCACAGCGCUGAGAAGAGCUGGGCUAUCAAUAGGUCGACUAUAUUCAUCCAAACCAUCCGUUUCCUCUUCCAGACUCUCGGCAGCCCGACUUCUGGCUCGUCGUCACAAUGCGGUGCCUCAAUGUCUCGCGUCGCGCACCUUCAACAGCCACCUCCCCGUCCGACACAACUCAACAACGACAACAGACACACCGACUGAACUUCCCCGAAAGUCGUCUGCCCUCAAUGCCGUCAUCAAAACGUUUACAUACUGUGGAUUUUUCAUUGUCAUGAGCGGUGCUGCGGUGCUGGCAUUCUUUGUCUACGAUGCGACGACAUACCGCGAACGUCCCAGUGCCGAAGACAUCCCGGUCUCCGAGCUGGCGUUGAACCCCCGUCGAGGAGGACCCAAGAACUUGCCUAUCGCCGAGGUGCUGGUCGGGGAUUAUGACACGGAUGAAAUGGCAGAGCAAAAUGAGAAACCGCGCUUGGUCAUCCUGGGUACUGGCUGGGGUAGCAUUGCGCUUCUGAAGCAGCUUCAUCCGGGUGAUUACCACGUCACGGUUGUGUCGCCUACCAACUACUUCCUGUUCACCCCUAUGCUACCAUCUGCGACCGUUGGUACUCUGGGACUGAGGUCGCUUGUCGAGCCUGUCCGACGUAUCAUCCAACGGGUCCGCGGCCACUUCUUGAAGGGAGAGGCAGUGGACGUGGAUUUCUCGGAGAAACUGGUGGAGGUGUCUCGGGAGGAUGUUAAUGGAGAGAAGAAGAGCUUUUACCUGCCUUACGACAAGCUGGUUAUUGGUGUUGGAUGCAUCACAAACCCCCAUGGCGUAAAGGGUCUCGAAAAUUGCCAUUUCUUGAAGACUAUCGAUGAUGCUCGCAAGAUCAAGAACCAGGUUUUGGAGAACAUGGAGAUGGCUUGCCUGCCCACGACCACGGACGAGGAGCGUAGACGUCUGCUAUCCUUCGUUGUCUGUGGCGGAGGCCCGACGGGCGUGGAAUUCGCAGCCGAGUUGUACGACCUGCUCAACGAAGAUCUGCUUCACUCUUUCCCGAGGAUCCUGAGGAAUGAAAUCUCCGUCCAUAUUAUUCAGAGCCGAACCCAUAUCCUUAACACUUACGAUGAAGCACUCUCUAAAUUUGCCGAAGCCCGUUUCGCCCGAGACUCUGUCGAUGUCUUGACGAAUUCUCGCGUCAAGGAAGUCCGCGACGACAAGGUUGUCUUCUCCCAAGUGGAGGAUGGAAAGACGGUUACGAAGGAGAUUCCCAUGGGCUUUUGCUUGUGGUCUACCGGUGUCUCUCGGGCUGAACUGUGUCAGAAGCUUUCCGACAAGCUGGACUCGCAAAAUAACAAACACGCCCUAGAGACGGACUCCCAUCUCCGCCUCAUCGGAGCUCCUCUAGGUGAUGUCUAUGCCGUUGGUGAUUGCUCUACUGUUCAGAAUAACAUUGCAAACCAUAUCGUGUCUUUCCUCCGCACUAUCGCGUGGGAGAGAGGCAAGGACCCCGAAAAGCUGCACCUCACUUUCCGGGAAUGGCAAGACGUUGCCACCAGAGUGAAGAAGCGCUUCCCUCAGGCCUCCAACCACCUUCGACGCCUCGACAAGUUGUUCGAGCAAUAUGACAAAGACCACUCCGGCACCCUCGAUUUCGGCGAGCUCUCCGAACUCCUCCACCAGAUCGACACCAAGCUGACCUCUCUGCCUGCCACCGCCCAGCGUGCCAACCAGCAAGGCGAAUAUCUGGGUCGCAAGCUGGCCAAGAUGGCCGCCGCUCUUCCCGGCAUGAGGAUCAACGAGAUCGACCACGGCGAUCUGGACGAGGCCGUGUACAAGGCCUUCCGGUACCGCCACCUGGGAAGCUUGGCGUACAUCAGUAACGCCGCCGUGUUUGAUUUCGGCGGUCUCAACUUCAGCGGUGGCGUCCUGGCCAUGUAUCUCUGGCGUAGCGUGUACUUCGCUCAGAGUGUCAGUCUCCGCACGCGUGUGAUGCUUGCUAUGGACUGGGCCAAGCGCGCGCUUUUCGGAAGAGACCUCAUGAGCUUCUAA